AUGAGGAGAAAGAAAACGAAAAAAGGAUUCGUCUCAGUUUGCCGUUUUGGAUUUCCUCGAACUGUGAUGGAUUCUCUUAUCAUAAGAGACAUUUUUCAAACUCUAGCGGCAAGAAAAACUCUCAGCUCUAAUAAUCGUCUUAACAAUAUUGUCCGCUCAAAGGAGUCAGAUAUGAUUAAUGACUACAAUCCCGCUUUGCUGUUGGCUUCGAAUGGAAAUAUUGACAUUCAAUAUGUUGGAGAGAAAACAGCCAUUUUGAACUAUUAUGUGACCAAGUAUACUACUAAAAGUGAAAAGACCCAUGCAACCGACAUGUUUAACGAUAUUAACUCUACAAAAAGUCUUAGAAGCCGGUUAUAUAAUAUUGGUCUCAGAGUAUUAUCGAAUCGAGAAUGCGGAGAUUUAGAAGCCAGCGAUACAUUAUUGGGAAUACCACUUCGGCACGGACCCACAAACAACAAUAAGAUGGUUAGACGUAAACAUUCAUCGUAA